UCUCCACUUUACUUCCGAGCAAUCUUAGCCGUUGCUUUACAUUCACCGACAGCUCUUUGUCUCUCUGGCUUUUAAUAUUCCCCCUGCCAUCCUAGGAAGAAGCGAAAGAGCGAGAAAAAUGAUCAGAACCAUUUUCCUCUUUCUCGUCUUCUUCAUCGGAACGCAAGUCAACACGCAACUAAUUCCGCCGGCGAGGCCCGAUGGUUUCGCUUACCAACCGGGUCGUCAUCGUGCUGGCCCGGAUACUAUACUAAUCGAGGCGUUUUAUGACCCGGUUUGCCCGUACAGUAGAGACUCUUGGCCGCCGCUGAAGCAAGCGCUUAAACACUAUGGAUCUCGCGUUUCCCUUCUCCUCCACCUACUUCCGUUACCGUACCAUGACAAUGCGUAUGUAACCUCUCGUGCUUUACACAUUGUGAAUACUUUCAACGCCAACGCUACAUUCAGUUUACUUGAAGGGUUCUUUAAGCAUCAGGCAAUGUUCUACGGUGCGAAAACACAACUCCUGACAAGACCUCAAGUUGUGGGAAGAAUUGUCAAUCUUGUAACAGCCACGUUGGGAAACUCGUAUCAUCAUCUUCUCAAAUCUGGAUUCAACGACACCAAGUCGGAGCGUGCAACCAGAGUUUCAUUCAAGUAUAGUGCUUCAAGAGGUGUUUAUGGAACACCAACCUUCUACGUGAAUGGGUUCAAGUUGGCAGAUGAUGAUUCUCCUUCGGAUUUUGGAGGAUGGAAAAAAAUUAUUGAUCCUCUGGUUCAACCACACAAGGUAGAAAGGUAGCCAGAGAUUCAAGAUGAUCUUAUUCCAUUCAUCUGAUCAUCUCAAGUGCUUUUUACCUGUUUUCACAUCCAUAUCAUGUAAAAAUAAUAAGUGCUCUGUCGUCUGACUAUAUAUGCACUGUAUAUAUACUUAGUCAAAACCUGUCUAUUGUACAAUGAAACAUCUUGAUUGAAUGACUUGUUGGGUUUCGAUAUUAAAAAGGACAAAAGGAUGACUUGUCUUGUCAUGGUUUGAUUAUUA